AUGGGUACAUUUGUUUGUGGAGCUUUACAUUGGAAUGCAAUUAAAGAGAAAAUAUGGGGAUAUCCUAGAAGCAUCAUUGCCUUUGAUGUUGAAACUGAGAAUUAUGGCCUAAUAGAGCUGCUGGACAACAUGGAAAAUAAAACAUAUGAUGUGGUUGUGGGGGCUUUACAAGGAUGUCUUUGUGCAAUUGCCACUCAUUUCAACGAUACAAUUAAUAUAUGGAUGAUGAAGGAUUAUGGGGUGAAAGAGUCUUGGACGAUGCUGUAUAGUUUCCAAGGAGGGAUAUAUUCAACUCCUAGCCUAUAUGGCUUGAGGCCUUUGACUUAUUCAAGGAAUGGUGACCAACUUCUAUUAGACCGGAAUGGCCUAUCUCUUUUAUGGUAUGAUCUAAAAGAGAAGAAAGUCAAGGACGUCGACCUUCCUCAGUGGAAGAAUAUUAAUGCCUUUUUUGUGGAGAUUUGUGGGGAAAGUCUCAUUAAACUUGGUGAUCCUACCGUAGAGUAA